AUGUCUGAUCUUGCGGUUGGAACAUCCGUCACGGAUGACGAGACGCUUUCAGUCGGCGCUGUUACCGACGUCGAGCUCGACAGCACGGGAGCCGGUUCGCCGCCCGCUAUCACCUUCGACACUGCUUGGCCACAUGAGGCGCCAAGCACUCCCGACAAUGUCGCAACUCUCCCCGUAACCCCGACUGCUGGCGCCAACUUUACUGGCACCGCUGCUCCCGAUGCAGGGAUUCGCCAAAGUGAAACCUCUACACCGUCACUGGAAGCAGCGCUGGGGGAAGUGCUCGUCAUCAGCGGCGGAAGCGGCUUCAACGACCUAGUCGGCGCAACACCCGGUGCGACAUACGUUAUGCCCAUCUCUGACAACGGCGGAUCCUCAUCCGAGAUCAUUCGUGUCCUCGGUGGCCCAUCAAUCGGAGACCUCCGCUCACGUCUCAACCGCCUCAUUCCCACACCGUCACGGUACGACCAGACCACAUCUUCGUCUUCGUCAUCCUCCGCACCUCCUCCUUCCAACGAAGCCAUCCACAAUCUACUCUCAUAUCGCCUUCCCUCCCACGGCCCAUCGCGCGAGAUCAAGCAGGAAUGGAUGGACAUCCUCGAAGGGCGACAUCGCCUGUGGCGCGGCAUCGAGCCGGAACGCAAGGAGGUGAUCCGCGGAUUUCUCGUCCACUUCGAAAGCGAGGUGCUGCGCCGUGCACAUCGACAUUUCAACUUUCGCGGUGGAUCGAUUGGUAACUUUUUCCUCGCAGCAGCACAAAAGUUCUUUCGCUCGAUCCAGAGUGCGAUCUUCUUGUUCUCGGCGACGACGCAGAUAAGCACAUCGUCGUUGGCCAGCAAGGUGCUACCGGUGAUCAAUACGAACCAUACUGCGACCAUUGCGGCGGAGUUGGAGGAUGGGGAGAUGAUUGUUGGACAGUGUGAGAUUUCGCACCCUGCGCCAAAACCGAUAAAGGCGAGUGCGGGUAGGAAGCUGGCACUGGCCGGCGAGGUAGCGAGCCAGCCUCCAGGUACGCCGUCGUCUGCGAUAUGGGAUCCACAGCAGCAAUCCAACUCUGGUUUGUUGUCGGCAGCAGAUGCGAUGCAGGGACUAGGACUGGGCGACGGCGGACCCACGACACCUGGCUUCGGCCCUCCUGCGCACUAUCACAUCAACGAACCGUUUGCAUCCGCAUCGGCAUCGAGCUACACGUCGGCCGGCGUCUCUUCGUCAGCCACACCAGCCAGAAGUUCGGCAGCGGGUCCCAGUCCCCUGUUCGCCCAACUCGUCGAAGAGCGAGCCUCUGCGUAUGCCGCACAGGCAAGAAAAGGGCUCACCACGGUCGGCAAUCAAAAAGACGGCCUGGAUCCCGAAGGCGACGACCAAGAUUCGCAGGACGGACACGACCAAGUCGAUUCACCUCGUGAAGACAGUGCUGCCGAAGACGAUCAUGCACUCGACAAGAGCACCUCUUCUCUGCACGCUGUCGCUGCAACUCCACGAUCCAAGUCGACACGCAAUGAGAAGACGGGCAACAUCAUUUUCUCCAAAGCUGAGGACGAGUCUUCCGAGCCCGCCUUGCCCUCGCCUAUCCGCCGCAUCCUCUACGUCAACGCCUACCGCAACGAGAUCUACCCUGCGCCCAACCCGUCGUUCGUCACCGCGCUCAGCCGCAACAAAACCAUCAUCUACUCCUGCGGCUCGCUCUGGACCAGCAUCGUCCCCUGUCUCUCGCUCCGCUGCAUUGCCACCAGCAUCGCCACCUCGCCCACACUCAAAUUCAAAGUGCUCCUCCUCAACUCGGUGCAGGACCGCGAGACGAAGGGCAUGGACGCUCUGGACUUCGUCAAGGCUAUCUGCGGCUCGCUGAACCAGAGCGAUGUGCCGAGUGGCGCUCAGGCUGAAGGGAGGACGGGGUGGGCGGAAAGCAGGCUGAUCACGCAUCUGAUUUAUUUUGAACAGGGACAGGUCGGGGUGGACGUGGCGAGGUUGGAGGAGAUGGGGAUUCGGUGUGUCGUGGCCGAGUCCAGGUUGAGAAGUAAGAGUGGGACGCCCAAGUUCGACGAGGAGAGUGUGAGGGAGGCGCUGCGCAAGGUUACCAGCGAGGCAUCGUCGUAG